AUGAGAUUAACACGUCAAAGAAGCCGUAUUCCUUCUCCCUCUCCAACUAGCACCAACGACGACUUCCCGACCCUUCAGCUCUUCAUCCUCGCAAUAUGUCGCUUUGCAGAACCCAUCGCUCUGACUUCCAUAUUCCCAUAUUCCUGGGUUAUGGUCAGGGACUUCAAGAUCGGUGACAAGAGUAACGCAUCCUUCUAUGCCGGGUUCCUGAUCUCUGCCUUUUCUUUGGCAGAGAGCCUUACCGGAAUGUUCUGGGGCAGUCUCUCAGACAAGGUCGGUCGCAAACCAGUUUUGCUCUUUGGAUGCUUUGGAACCAUGCUUUCCUUGCUCAUCGUUGGGUUCUCCACGAAUUUCUGGGUUGCGCUGUUUGGCAGGAUCUUUGGCGGCAUCUUGAAUGGAAAUAUAGGUGUAGUCCAAACCAUGGUUGGCGAGCUCGUCAAGAAGCCAGAGUAUGAGCCGCGGGCAUACGCCAUCAUGCCGUUUGUCUGGUCUAUCGGAACAAUCAUUGGCCCUGCCAUUGGGGGGACCUUUGCUAAACCUGCUGAAACGUUUCCUUCUAUCUUCCCCCCUUCUGGUCUUUUCGGCAGCUUCCCUUACCUCCUCCCUAACCUGAUCUGCUCGGUGCUGCUUUUGAUCAGCAUUGCUGCCGGGUAUUUGUUCCUAGAUGAAACCCACCCGGACAUGCAAACGGGUUAUGUACCAGUACCGACUCACGGUGAUAAUGCCGAAUUUGGCGCGCCCUUGGCCGCCGUUGCAACUGCAGGGUCACUUGCUUGCGCGAGCGCUGAUUUGAGAGCAAAGUCCUAUGGCACGUUCAACGACGUGGACAUGCGUGAAGAUGAAGAAUGGCACGUGAGGCUGGAUGGGAAACAAUUACGUUCCUCGGAGUCGCCAAAGGUCUUUACCUACCGCGUGACAAUGUUGGUAAUUGCAUUGGGAAUAUUCACUUACCACUCCAUGACAUACGACCACCUAUUUCCGAUAUUUCUUCAAGACGAAAAGAGUGAUCUCGUCAGAGGUUCGCUUCCCCCGCCUCUUCAUAUUCCUGGGGGCCUGGGGCUGUCCACCCAAACAGUUGGCCUGAUCAUGUCUAUCAACGGCAUCAUUGCGUUAGUAAUCCAGGCUGUCGUAUUUCCCAUCUUCACUGAAUGGUUAGGCGUCUGGAAUGUUUUCGUGCUGGUUACGGUCCUCCAUCCGAUUGCCUAUUUUAUCGUACCGUUCCUCGCUUUGCUUCCAUCCGGCAUACUGUAUCCUGGCAUAUAUACCUGCAUCACGAUUCGCAAUCUCCUCUCGAUCCUUGCGUACCCAGUCUUGCUUAUCCUUAUCAAGCAAGCUAGCCCUUCCAAUUCGGUUCUAGGAAAAAUAAACGGGUUAUCUGCGUCCGCUGGUGCUGCUUGCCGGACUGUUGCUCCCCCAGUCGCUGGGUAUCUCUACAGUAUCGGCUCCCGAAUCGGCUUCACAGGCAUUGCAUGGUGGGGGAGCGCUCUGGUUGCUAUUGUCGGAGCAUUGCAACUUUGGUGCAUGCAUCCGAAAAAGCACACUUUCGUCUCCAUCACUGCUGGAGCUCCCUGUUGUUAUCGGCACGAGGAGCCCCCAGUUCCCGAAGUUGUGCACGUAACUGUACAAGAUGAAUGCUAA